AGCUAAAACCCUGAUCAUCAUCAUCAUCACCAAUAAUGUCACAGACCCGUUUCCACAAGGGUGACCAAGUCGAGGUCACAACCUCCGUCCACGGCGGCUCCACCGGCCCCUACUACCCAGCCACCGUGCUCCGUCCCGUCAUCAAAGACAAGUCCCACAUCUUCGUCGAGUACCAAACCCAAACAGCCCCCGGCAGAGCCCCAAAACCCUUGAAGGAGAUUGUGCUGCUCACCAAUGUACGUCCCACGCCGCCCAGGGAGCUCCACCGCCCCUUCAAAGUCGGCGAUGACGUGGACGCUUUCCGAGCAAAGGGGUGGUACCGUGGAACAGUGAGGGAUAUUUUGGAGAAUUCCAAGUACUUGGUGGUGGUGGAUGGUCAAGCUGACCAGGAAUUUGAGUGUGACCAUUUUGAUUUGAGGGUUCAUAGGGAGUGGGAUGAUGGGUCUUGGGUGCCUCCUCUUCUUCCGGAAGAGAAAAAAUCACCUGAGGUGGUGAAAUCCAGAAAGAUAACGAUUAAAAUAAGGGAUAAGAAGGAAACUAUGGGAGCAAGCUUUAAAAGCGGGACUCUAGAGGAUGAUCAGGAAUUAGAGUCUGAGCAGCUUAAUUUGAGGUGUCACAGAGAGUGGGAUGACCGGUCUUCAAUCCCUCCUCUUCCAAAAGAGCUGAAGUCAUCUGGGGUGGUGAAUAGCAGAAAGAUAAGAUUCAAUUUAAGGGCCAAGAAGGAAUCUAUGAGGAAGAAAUUUGAAAACGGGACUCGGGUGGAGGUUAGCAGUGAUGAGGAGGGUUACAAGGGUGCUUGGUACACUGCUACUAUAGUUGACUACAUUGGGAAAGACAAGUUUCUGGUGGAAUAUGUAUCCCUGGUAACUGAGGAUAGAACCCAGCUCUUGCGAGAAGAAGCAUUAGCAAGUUACAUUAGGCCUUGUCCUCCUCCACUUCCACCAGUUGUUCAGUACAAACUUCUUCAGAAAGUCGAUGCAUGGUACAAUGAGGGAUGGUGGGAAGGAUCCAUUACCAAAGUUCUGACCGGCUCAAAGUACGUUGUGUAUUUCAGCUCCAAUGAAACAUUAGAGUUCAAGCAUUCUGAUUUGAGGCUUCAUCAGGACUGGCUUAAUGGGCAUUGGAUAAUGGAUCCAUGCCAGAACUUCUAUGGGAAUUAAUGGUUUCCUGAUAUCCAAGU